UAGUUACGUUUUCUUCUAUACUAAUAUUAAUAAUUAAUUUAUAAUUUAUAAACGCAAUAUAUUUCUUCCAUGUAAUAUGACAUGAUUAAGUAAUGAUUUAGAAUUGCUAACACAAACAGUGGUUUAGGUAGGGUGUAAUUUAGUCAGUUCUAAUUAAUGUCUUCCACAGAUGAUUAUUAAGUUAAAUAAUUUCAAUUAGCAGUAAUCUGUGUUGCUCGCACAUAUCUACUUGAAGUACAGACUACAUACAACUCAAUUUUUGGUAAUAAGAUGAACAUGAAGAUAAUAUUUAUUAAUUAAAUACAUAUGACAACUUUUGACAGUCUUUAAUUUAACUUAUGACAUGGGAUCUGUACAACUUACCAAUUAUAGUACUCAUGUUUCAAGAUAAUGUAUUCAUGAAGGUGUUUAUUGUUGAUGCUUCCUUUUAAUAAUUUGACAGUAUAAUAAAUUGCAAGCAUAUUAGUUAUUAGGUAUUAAUAUGUACAUACAUACAUACAUACAUACAUUUUUGUUUUGUUACAAGAGCCCUUAGGGCCCAGGUUAGAUACUGCUUGGACAGAACUACUCCAGAGAGAGGCAAUUGUACGUUAGUUCCUUGCCCAAGGGAACUUAUGUAUGUGGCUCUCCUGCACUUGAACUUCUGACCCAAACAUCCGGAUGUUUCCAAUCUCCAGCUGCACACUCUAACCAAUUGAGCUGCAUACAUUUUUUGGCCCAGGUUUGAUACUGCAAGGACAAUCUAAACUCAGUUACUAUAUGUCAUCAUGUUCUUCUUCAUCUUUGCUGCCUGGGAGUGCUGCUGCUGCUAUUGCUGCUGCUGCAGUCACUCCAUCAUGUCACCAGGUACGUCCCACUGCUGCUGCUGCAGUCACUCCAUCAUGUCACCAGGUACGUCCCACUCGCUGCAGUUCACACUUUAUACUUCACACUUCACACUUGCUAGACAGAACUGACACUCCGGAGAGUGAGGCAAUUGUAUAUUAGUUCCUUGCCCAAGGGAAUUUAUGUAUGUGGCCCUCCCGCACUCAAACUCUAACCCAAAGGUCCUGGAUGUUGCCAAUCUUUAACUGCACACUCUAACCAAUUGACCCACAUACAUACAUACAUACAUACAUAUGUACAUACAUAUAUACAUUAUACAACCAAAUGAAUUGGUACAGUUACAGUAAUGGCCAGCUAUGGCAUGAUUUUCUUAAGCAAGAAACUAACACACAAUUGCUUCUCUCGACUCAAGAGUAUAAAUGAGUACCUGGUCUUUGACUGGGGAUGGACAAGACCGCUGGCUUGGCAGUAACAUCAUGCAGCACGGGUACGUGUGGGCUUGAGGUCCAGUCCCAAGGCUCUGCCAAAGUCAGUGCACUUGGAAGCUCUGGCCAAGCAUCAUAGGGUUCAUCAGCAUGGCCUGAAACUUCGAUUAGGGAAGGAGGCCCACCUAGAAAUAGGAAAGGCUGAAGGGCACAUCCAUUUGUCGAUUUUGUCUAUUGUGUGUGUGUGUGUGUGUGUGUGUGUGUGUGUGUGUGUGUGUGUGUGUGUGUGUGUGUGUGUGUGUGUGUUGGUACAGUGUACUUGUAUGCAUAUAAAUAUGUAAGCUACAAAUAGUCUAGUACAAUUUUUUCUUUACAGUGUGCUGAUGGUUUGAGGGUAAACAAGGGAAUAUACAGCUAACAAAGCUAGGUCUCAGUUGGAUGAGGCUACAGAUAUCAUGUAUGUGCAUAUGUGCAUGGUAGCUGACAUAGGAAGUGGCUGCAUCACAACUCGUACUUUACUUUUGUGUGUGGCCAUGCAAGCACCACAGAUAUGAACAAAGACAACAAGACUGUUGUAGUAUUUGACAAGAACAAAGAUGGAUUCAUGCAUGUUGCAAUAACUAGUAUAUAUCUAUAAUCAGAAAUAAUUAUAAACGAUAGUCAAAUCGUAGAUUGUUCUUGUUCUGUAAUGGUGCUAAACUGCAGUUGGUUAUAUUUUAUAUAUAACAGACCAUUUCUAAUUACUGCAUAGCAUUAGGAUUUCAUACCAGUUGAUUUUCGCUCAGUUAGUGUAAUAAAUGAAAAGGUGAAAACGAAAUGUACUGUAUAUCAUCAGAACGGAUUCCGAGGCUGUUCAUGAAGCGCUGCGAUCACGUGUCAGUUCGCGCGCGAAUUACGCUCUGAAUUAAUUAGCUCCCUGCACGUCAGUUCAGUGAAGCCGCUGAAGUAUCCUAGUCACUUCCGUGUUUACAAUUUGAAUGGAAGAGGAAUCUGAUCUUUGCGCUGUGCGCCUACCUGAAGACCUUCUAUGUCUAGAAGAACACAGAUGGCUUAGUGAUGAUGUAAGACCUGUCUCCUAGUAAAAUAAACACAAAACCUUCAGAACGUUAAUAAAUUGCAAAUUUAAAAUUUUCUACUAAUUCAAUAUUUGAUAAAGUGGUUGCAUAUUGUCAUAAUUCUAAUUAAUUUUCUGUAGGUUAUUCGGCAAUAUCUAGAGCUUGUUCGAAGCACUAUCCCUUGCAAAGAGAAGAUUGAACUGGUUGAUAGCCUCUUCAUGGAAAAGUACAAGUUGUGUGGAUAUGAUGGUGUGAGUAACUGGAAAAAGCAAUGGACAUUGUCAGACAAUGAAAAGCUUCUAUUUGUUAUCAAUGACAACUCUAACCACUGGACACUUAUGGUUGGUGAACCCAAGAAGAAAACUAUGAUGUACUAUGACUCAUUGGGUGGCAAUGGAAAAUCGUACUUUGAAAUUAUACAGAACUUCCUAAUGAAGCGCUUUGAGAGCUAUGGUUGGAGUCAUCAAGUAGCUGAAACGGCAAGAAAGGACUCUGAAAGUCUUUCCACCAACCAAAAGUCAAAAACAGAAGGGCUGGCUACGUGAGACUACAUACAAA